GUUUGUGUUCUGGCCUGUGGGGGCGGCGUCAUCCCGCCGGAACAGGACAUAAACCAAGGAGAAGAAGUGUUUCCGGUGCGGCCCGUAGUUCCGGCGGUGGUUUUCCGUCUAAAGUUAAAUCAGAUCUUUAUUUUGAAGCUUCCUGUGAACGUUAAAUCCUCCCCGCCGUCACCGUGUGAGCCGCUCUGCUCUCAGGUGGUUUUAAAGAUGUCAUCUGGACUCCUGGAGCCUCCUGGAGGAGAAGAGCAACUCUGUGUCUUCCUGCUGAGAGCUGAAGGGGAGGAGGAGGAGUUGAGGAGGAGGGAGGUUGGCUGCCAGUGGGAGAGUCCAGAGGAGGAGAGGAGGGAGGUGGGCUGUCAGAGCGACUCAGCAGAAAGGAGAGACGCUGCUGUCCAGGUGGACCUGCUGAAUCAGCAGCUCAGCUGGAGACACUCAGGUUCGUCUGCGAUGCUGCUGCAGUGUUUCGCAGUCAGACCUGAUGGACCAGACGGGGGUGCUCUGCUGCAGCAUUGCACCACCAACCGGACCAGAACCAGAACCGUCAAACCCGCCAUCAAACUCUCCCCCAAACCCACCCAGUCCAGGUCCAGGACCCAGAGGAGACCGCCUGCUCAGAGCUCCAACACCACCAAGCGAAAUCCGCCUCAACGCCGUCGCCGCCGCGUGUCACCUGAUGCUGACCAACAGGAGGAGGAGGAGGAGGAGGAGGAGGAGGAGGUGGUGGUGGUGGACACAGGUGAUCCCAACUGGACUCCACCCGAAGAUGUCGAAUCUCACCCGUCUCCCUCGUCCCUCGGGGACGAGCGGCUGGACUCAGAGUCCCAGCAUGCAUCUCUUCGUGUGGUGAAACUGGAGCCCGACAGCACCAUGUGUGACGUUUGUGGUAAAGUGAUGAAGAAUAAGUCGAGUCUGGCCCGGCACUCCUUUAUCCACACGGGGAAGAAGCCGUUCGCCUGCCACCUGUGCGACCUGCGCUUCAAUCGCCGCGACAACCUGCAGCACCACCUGAAUCGGCUGCAUCCCAACGGCAUCGCCAAGCUGGAAAAGCAGCGCGAGGUGCAGGCCUGGCUGUGUGCGGUCUGCGGCAAAACCUUCAGCUGCAGGUCCAGGCUAAAGACACACGAGGUCAUCCACUCCGGGGUUAAACCCCACCGCUGCAACCUCUGCCCCAAAGCCUACAUGCGGACCAACGACCUCGAGCACCACAAGAAGAUCGUCCACGUGGAGGGCGCCGCAGAGUCUCAGAGGCCGAGCUCGCUGCUCUGCGACCUUUGCGGUAAAGAGUUUAAAUGCAGGUCGCAGCUGGCCAUCCACUUCCAGACUCACACCGGCGAGCGGCCUCAUCUCUGCGACAUCUGCGGACGCAAGUUCGGCCGACAGUACCAGCUCAAACGCCACAAGAUCCUGGUCCACGCAAACCAGGUGAACGGGGAGGAGAACGGCGUGUCGCUGCUCGACACGCCGUUUGCCUGCAGCAUCUGCGGGAAGCGGCUGAAGUCUGAAGCGCUUCUCGCCGCUCACUCCCGCAUCCACACUGGCGACAAGCCUCACCGCUGCGGCAUCUGUAUGCGCAGCUUCCAGCGCGCCACCUGCCUGAAGCAGCACCACCUCCGUGUUCACCUGAAGGUCAAAGUGAACAAUGCGCCACACGUCGCCGGGCGCAGGAAGACCACGGCACCGGCGAAGGUGUUCCCGUGUCCCAACUGCAGCAAAGUUUUCAAAUUUAAGUCUCUGCUGGCGAGUCACUCGAUGAUCCACAGCGAGGUCCGACCGUACGCCUGCGACUUCUGCAGCCGCAGCUUCAGACGCCUCAGCCACCUGAAGAGACACCGUGAGGUGGUCCACGCCAACGGAGCACGCCUGCCGCAGAGCUUCGUCUGCCACAUCUGUGGCAAAGACAAGAAGUGCCGCUCGCAGCUCGCCCGGCACGUCAUCAUCCACACCGGGGAGCGGCCGUUCGCCUGCGACCUCUGCACCGCCCGCUUCAAUCGCCGCGGGAACCUGCAGCAGCACAGGAAGCGCAUGCACGGCAUGGGGAAGCCGCCGGCCGAGGAAGCCCCGCCCAUCCUGUUUGACGACGACGUGACGCCCGCUCUGACAUACAAACAGGAAGAGACGGUGGUGGCUGUCGACGCCGCAGCUGAGCAGUUUGAGACUGCGACGAACGACGAGCCGGAUGUCGCCCAGCAUCUUGUCGCUACCUAACGCUGACUGAACUGAGCGUGCUCACACCGUCCUGUGUUUGCGUUUAAAACCGGUCUGAAGUCGUGAAGGUUUUUGGCAUCAAACUGAAACGUCAGGUGAGCCUCCUGACAGAUCUCAGAGCGUUCUGGAUGGAUCUGUAAACAGGGACGCACAUUUGGAGUAAGUGAAAUGAGUCCUGGGGAGUCAGUCUGACACUUUAAUAAACUUGGCGAUGAUCUGAGAGACGAUCGAUUGAUCGAUUGAUCCAAAAUGUUCCGUUGAAAGGAGAAUUAAACAUCAACAUGAUUCAGAAAAUAUAAGGUUUCUCUCAUCAGUUCAGAUCCGGAUCUUUAAAUCUUCUAGAUUACGUCAGGCAGACAAAACCAUAGCUGGUCUGGAGCUUUCCAUCAUAUCACGUGAUUUUCCUCAGCAGAUUGAGUUCACUCAGUUGCCUCCUUUCUUCCUUCACUUCCUCUUACCUCCUCUAUUAAAUCUUUUUGUAAACAAACAAAUCGAGGCAGCUGAUUGGUUGACGUGUAAAUAACAACAGACAGACUCCGGAGUCACAGAAAGCGUUUUUAUACAUGACAAACAGAAACUUCUGGUUUGUUUGUUGGAGCAUUGACGUGCUGAAGAAUCACAACAUGACUGCCCACGCCCCGUCACAGUUUGUCAGCUGACAGUACGACUAUUCAGUCACAGUGAUAAACUGAGAGGCGUUUCCACGGUGACAGGAACAAGAAACUGCUUUAAAAUCCAAUUAAUUUUCCCAUUAAUCAGAUUUAAUUACCGGGGCAGUUAAUGGGUUGAUUAUAACCGGUUUAGUUCCUGGUCAACAGGGAUUUUAAGGGAGAAAAACCCAUUAAAAUGAACCAAAUGACGUUUAAAGUUUGUUGAAAGAGCCUCAAUCUCCCCGUUGAAGUGCUCUGGGUUUUACCCUCAUUUGAAGUGAAAUGAGUUUUUCUGUGACGAUUUUCAGGGAGUUUGUACUCGGGGUCUUCACGAGUCCAAAAUGUUGGAGCCAGUCUGAAACAGAGCCGUGGAAACCCUGAACCCAGUGUGCAUAAAUUCAUUUUUGAAAGAGCUGAGACCUGAUCCAGAUCGACCCGAGCCACAUUGCGGCAGCAUGAUGAGUCAUCAGAUGACCUGUCGCUUGUUCGGGAACGUUCCAUGAACAGUUGACAGUGUCAGCAGCUGAUUCAUCAUCGACAUUAAGUCGUUUGUGAAACAGUGGAUCCUACAUUUCUUGGAAAAUAGUUUUUAAAAAAUGCAUUUAAUGGCUACGCUGAGGAUAUCUCGCUAACUGCCAUAUAAUGAUGUAAACAGACUGAGGCUAAAGCUAACAGCAAAAGGGUUGUCACCAGCUGUUGACGGAACCCCUUCAGCAUCUGUCAGUCAAAUCCCAAGAACUAACAUGAAUUUAAUAGCAUCCUAUUCACAGGCCACUGAUUCUGAAAGAUUUCUUCCUGUGGUGAUUAUGACCUGAUCCGAGACUGAAGACUAUCUGGACCCAGUCCAGAUCAGGUCUCAGUGGUUCGCCUGUGACGACCUCUCUGUCGUACCCUAACAAUGCCGUAAACCGAGAACAAAAACAUUUGGGGGGGUAAAAUCAAAAUCUGUUCAAAUAGUUUCAAUAAGUUUGAAUCUGUACAUUUCAUCAGUUUCCUCAGAGUGGAGUCAGUCGAACUUCAGCUGAUCUGAAAGCAGUUUGUCUUCAAGUUUAUGUUGUGUUCAAGUCGCAUGGGAACAGACAGCUUUCUGCCGGUCCGAGCUCAAGAGAAUAGACCAGGAGCGGACGAUGACUUCAUCACAGGUCAGAAACACAAAGGAUGAUUAAAUCUGGUUUAUGCUGAAUAAUCAGUACAUGUAAUAACUGGCUAACAACACACUGAAAUGUGGGUUAUAAUCAGAAUUAAAAGGAAGUAAAUUGAAGUGUUACCCAAUUGGGAAUAUUAAAAAAAAAAAAGACUUUCAGCAGCUUCACCUCCACAUGUUUUUUUUUAAAUGAAUAGUUUAACAUUUUGGGAAAUUUUCUUUCUUUCUGAGAGCGAGAUAAAAAGAUGAUGUCAUUAUUUAGGGACACAUUUUCCAGCAUGUAACUCCCACAAUUUGUUGUUUUUAUGCAUAAGUUUUUUGCACAGAUUAAACAAACAAGAUGAGGCUAGCUGCUUCCCUGUUGUCAGGCGUUAUGCUAAGCUAAGCUAACCGUACUUAACACAGAGACAUAAGACUGACAUCCAUCUGAAAAUCUCACUGUUAUGCAGAAAGAAAGUAAAAGUAUUUCACAAAAUGCUGAACUGCUCCUUUAAACCAAUUGUUUUUCAAAGGAAGUCAGAGUCAAAGAGACAUUAACUGUGAUGGUGGCUCGGCCGGGUCCAGCAGGGGGCGCCCAGAUGUCUUGUAGAUCUAACCCAGGUCGUCCUCCAGCGGUGUGAUGUUUACAGCUGCUGAAGCCACCACUCUGAGCAGGUGGAUCCAGGUGCAGUUCAGGGAAGGACUCGACGAUUCACAGGGUUUUAGUCACGUUAGCAGUUACGAGUCAGUCCGUCCAACUCACUUCGUUAACUUCUGGAUGGACUGUGAUUACAUGUGGGUCUCGUGUGUUUACUGCUAGUUAGCAGAUGUCAGCUUGGUAACAGGCUGAACUUUUACAUCCAGGUUUUCUUAAAAACGAAAAUACACAGAUUCUACGUCCUUUAAACCUUCUCUUCUCUGCUUCCUCUCUUUCAUCCCUGUUCCUUUUAAUUGAUCGGGUCUAUUAAGCCUCACCCCCUAGCUGCAGUGUGGUUCAGCUGCUCUAAGAUCAAACGCAUCCCUGCAGUGACUCCACCCCCCUGAGGGAUGCUUCAUUUCCUCUCAGCUGCUGAUAUCACUCCCACUUCAUUAACUGCACACAGUCAAUUAAACAUCGAGGGGGGGGGGGGUGUAUUACUGUGACACGGCAUCACCACAGGGAACACAGGUGAAUAAACAGGUGAAGACCUGGGAACCAAUCAGAUCUGACUGGCAAACAGGUAGAUUGUCCUCUGUAGAAGGGAAGGAAGGUACAGGAAAGAGUUGAGGGAAUAAAGUAGGAGACAAGGGAAGGAAAGUAGGAGCGAGUGAAGGAAAGGGAAAGAUGGGAAGGGAAAAAGGAAGCUCAGAAAGGAAAGAAUCAGAUCUGAACAGGAAUGAAGCUUUCAAGAAAAGAAGUGAAGAAGGAAAGGAGGAUGGAGACAAGUGCCUUCACAGUAAAGAGGGGCAGUUUAAAUACACAGUGACCUGCAUCUGCAGUGAAGCGUUUUCAAUGUGCCGUAAAAUAAAAGCCUCUGUGAUGUCGUCAUCGUCCACCCGCUCCCGAAAGCUGCACGUGAUGAUGAUUGGCCGAGCCGUGAAGCGAUGCCAUCCCUCUGCCGCUGACAUGCUGAUGCCGCUGUGAUGUCUCGGGGCAGUGCUUUCACACCUCCAUGCUGUCGGGUUUGGGCGUCCUGGAGAUCCACAGAUUUGACUGGUCGGUGGCGGUCUUUGUGCGGGGAUUACUGUGGGGACAGGGGUGAUGACAUUAUCAUCAUCAUCAUCAUGGGGGGUUACAACCCUGCCUCCUCAAAAUAACGAUAUAUUACUGGUUGGUUUCCUCAAAGUCAAGUUUCCAACCAAACUGACGGCAACUUUUGACAGAAUUUCUUUAGAAGAAUCAAAGAAAAUGUGAGUGGAGUCUUGGUUCCAUCCACUGCUGUGGUGUGAAUAUGAUUCCUGAUACCACUAGUGUUGUUUGGUUGGCGUCUCUAAGGGGACGUGUUGACAUUGGCCGCUUUGCGGCAGCGCGAACACGUGUAACUGUGACGUGAGGUUUUGGUUUUUGUUUAGUUUGAGCUCAGUCUCCCAUCGACUUUCUCGACACGGUGAUAAAGUGCUGAAUCUUGUUUCCGCAGUGACGACGUCGGGAACAACAAACUCCUGCAGGUUAAAUAAAGA